GGUUGAUAACCUGUCUAAAAUUGUGCGCGAUUUAAAUACUAAUAUAUUUACAUAUGUAGUUAAAUAAAUAUUUAAAUUUUAAGUUGAAGGAUAAAAUGUAUCAUUAAUGGGGACCCUCGUCCCUUUUAGUCGGCGGUCACGGGUGGAGCAGGUAAUAUUUUUAAGGGAGGUUCACCUGCGGAAAGCUAGGCUUCAUUCUGCGACAGAUUUGUCCGUCCUCUUCGCCUUGUUUGCUAUGCUGGGCGCAGUCGAUCUCAACAUUAACACUGAUAAUGACACCGUCUUUGUUUUUGCGUACGUAAUCACAACGGCUCUUCUUGUAUCAAACACCGUUCUGGUGAAGGUCGGGCUCUUAUGGAUGGUUCCUGGAUUGGAUAGUGCCCUUUUAUUGGGACGAUUUGACCCUGAUGAGUACGACCACGUCCUUCCGCUCUUCUUGUUGUGGGACUGGCUUUGGAUUCUGGCCUCGACGGGUGGAUUUUUCUUGUUCGUGAUGCAAUUCAUUUUCAUAAUUUGGAUCAAGUUCCCCACCCAUUCCGUCGCACCGACGGUCAUAAUGUCACCCGUCCUACUAAUCGUUCUAGUCUCACUUAUCCAUUCGGUUAGAAGGCUUGGAAAACCGAUCGUAAAUGUGGAAAAGGUAGAGAGAGAAUUGGACCAUUUACAUGGGGUUUAAAGUUGUAAAAUAAAAUAAAUUAGCGAGAUUUUGUACAUUGUUAGAUUGAAAAUAUGGAAAACAUUUACAGCGUUAAUAAAUACGCCUAUAUAUGAAGUAUA